AUGCGCUCUCUUCGGACGCUCUUGCAUAUCCUUCUGCUGGUUGCAUUAGCGAUAACGACUGCCGCAGUUCCCGCGGGCUCCAGCAUCACUCCUCCACCCCCCGUCGAGCCUGUUUCUCUAUUAUCAUCCCAUUCCAACCCCCAGCGACCAUGGAUUCGCCUUCGAGACUGGAUUAUCGAAACAAUAUGGGGUAUCCCCGACUCCAACACGGCCCGUCCUACACUCCACGAUGAUUCUGCCCCUCGAGGCUCGGCCCGAUAUGGCAGUGACGUCGUUCUUCGUUUCCAGGUCAAGGAUACCAAAGAGGCAGAGACACUGGCAGAGGCGACCAAUAUCCUCUUCUUGGAUGUUUGGGCAUCUACCCCCGAAUUUGUCGAUAUCCGGCUCGCUGAGGAAGUCAUUCCUUCUUUGCUCGGCCUACUUCCAGACUCCCUCCAGACUGCUUACACCCCCCUCAUCGAUAACUUACCGGAGAUUAUUUAUGCUACAUACCCAACUCGUCGACCUCUCGGCCUCGAUGAGAGCCCUAUAACUAAUCCCUCCGCUCGCGGGGCCCCCGACCUUUUCUUCCGGGACUACCAACCCUUAUCCGUCAUUCUCCCUUGGAUGCGGUUAAUGGCAUCUAUGUUCUCGUCGCAUGUUCGACUAAUAAACAUUGGCGUUUCUUACGAAGGUCGCCAGAUUCCCGCAUUGCGAUUGGGCACCGGCUCCGAGUCGGAUACCGAACCUCGGCCAACUAUUCUUGUCGUUGGCGGCAAUCAUGCUCGGGAAUGGAUAAGUACCUCUACAGUUACUUACAUAGCAUAUAACCUCAUCACCAAAUAUGGAACAUCCGAGGCUGUUACACAUCUGUUACGGGACUACGACUGGGUUUUAGUGCCGACGAUCAAUCCGGAUGGGUAUGUCUAUACUUGGGAUAACGAUCGCCUAUGGCGCAAAAACAGACAGCCGACCAGCUUCCGAUUCUGUCCUGGGAUAGACUUGGACCGGUCGUGGGCAUUUGAGUGGGAUGGCGAUCAGACACAAUCGAAUCCAUGUUCCGAGAACUACGCCGGAGAAGAGCCGUUCGAAGGCGUUGAGGCGCAACAGUUGGCGCAGUGGGCUCUCAAUGAGACUGAGAAUAAUAAUGCGCGGAUUGUGGGCUUCCUAGACUUCCAUUCUUACUCGCAACAGAUCCUCUAUCCGUUCUCUUACUCGUGCUCUUCAGUCCCACCAACUUUGGAAAGCCUAGAGGAGCUUGGCCUAGGCCUGGCCAAGGUUAUCCGGCUGACCACGCACGAAAUCUACGAUGUCACCUCUGCAUGCGAGGGUAUUGUCACGCCUGUUGAGAAGUCUGCCAAGAGCUUUUUCCCCGUGGGUGGCAGCUCAGGCGGUAGCGCGCUGGACUGGUUCUACCACCAACUCCGAACCAGAUACGCAUAUCAAAUAAAGCUGCGCGACCGUGGCAGCUACGGCUUUCUUCUUCCGUCAGAGUACAUAGUUCCCACCGGGAAAGAAGCCUUUAACGCCGUUCUAAAGCUCGGUCAAUUCCUCGUGCAACAAAACGGAAAAACGAACAUUAACUGGGAUUCUGAGUUUCAAGUUGUCGACAAACCUUCUGCUCCUGAGCAAUCCACAGGCGUUGAUGAAACGGUCGAGAACCAGGAGCAAGACGAGGAUGAGGAUGAGAGCCUUGAUGACGAAGUUUUAGAAGACUACGACAGUUGGGGACCACUUAGAUGGGGUGGUCAACAAACGCUCGGAUUCCGUCGACGUCGAUAG